UAAAUUGUUUGUAGGGAACAAAAACGCAAAGUAUGGGAGUAAAAAUGGAUGAUUUUGAGACCUCCGAAUGUUCGGUUGACGAUUAUCACGAGCUCAAUGCCUCCGACGAAUACAAUGAAUUUCAAUGUUCAUCGUGCCUGAGAGAAGGUAAAAACAUAAAAGCAGAAGUGUUUUGUGUAGAAUGUGAUAAUUUUCUUUGCCAAUCAUGUUUGAAACAACACACUAAAUUUGUAUGAAGAGUCAUCAAAUCUUGAAGACAUCUGAAAAUCUUCGGUGUUCUGAUAAAAGGAUGAAUAGCACUUUGGUUUUACAUUCGCAAAGAUGCGAGGUGCAUCAUGGAAAACUUGUUGAUAUCUUCUGUCAGGACCAUAAUGAAGUUUGCUGUGGCGCAUGUGUCAUCAUUUAUCAUAGUUCUUGCUUACACAAGUUGUAUAUACCUAAAGAAGCUAAAGAUGCAGACGUGAUGAAAGAAGCAAAAGAUGCCGUAAUAAUUCAUAUGUGUAGUGAAAGACGUCAUCUUUUUGCAAAUUUGAAAGCACAGAAAAGUAAUCUUUCCAGCCAAAUAACUAAAAGUACCAACAAAAUAAUCAACCAUUUCAAAACACUUGAAUCGAAUCUCUUAUCUGAGCUUGAAGAUAAGGUAACUACAAUUGAAGAAGAUGUACAAUUAGAUAUAAACGACACAGAUAAAGUAAUUUCCACCCUACAACAUGAAAAUCGUCUUUUAUCAAAACAUAUAGCUGAAACUUUCAAGGUCAAUUCUUAAGAUGUGUAUGGAAUUGUUUUGUCUUACAUAAUAUAUGUUGAUAUGUCCGCCAAUAAAGAUCAUUAACUCUUUAAUUACAUUGUUACUAGGGUUAUUUACAGAGAAUUCAUAAUCUGGUAGUUAACAAUGUCAAUUCAAACCCUACCUGGGAUUAUUAUUUCUUUCGUAUGAGAAUGUCACCAAUCAAGCAUAUCGAUGGUCAGUGCUGCUACUAGUCAACUUAUCGUUCGCACAUGAAAAUAUUUACCGAAUGGUCGUGUCUGAGGUCUUCUGGUACCAUUAGGGCUAGAUAAUGGCUAUAUGACUUUUACAAAUGUUCUUGUAUCUAAAUAGAAAAUAAAUUGUUCUUACAUUGAUACGCAAAAAUAUUACAAAAAAUAGUAAAAACAAUAGAUAUAAUUAAAGGACGACUAGAUUUGAUUUGAUUUUUUUCAAGUUUAAUGCACACAACAAUACGAUGAGAUCACAUUAAAAAUGAAUGAAAUAAGACAAAAUCAGUUGUAUUAUUACAUGUAUUACAGCCAAAGCUUCCGAAAACAGUCAUUAAACAUUAAAUACAAUUUGUACAUGAGAAGAAGCAAACACAAACUGAACAAUGAAUAUACCUUUACUUGUGCUGGAAGACAAUUUUAAUCAUGAAUAAACAAUAAUAAAUACAAUAGCUAUACUUUAUGCUAGUACGUUUUUCAUACUCUUAUACUCUUUAAAUGACACAUUUAUUACAGCAUUCUGUUUUGUCUAUGUUUAUUAAAUUUGACAUUUAAUACGAUAUAUCAAUGAAACUCCAAAUUUCUAAUUUCUGUCUAUUUAUUCUAUCGUGAAGCCUCCUAGCUAACCCCAUUAGUAUCAUUAGUUUGUGUGUUACUUAUAAAUAUAGAUAAAGGUAAUUAUGUUUUGUUUAACAA